GGAAUGCAUUUAUCAGUAAAUAUAAUCUAUGGAUGCAAUCGAAUGUCUGCAUUGGAUCUGUUCAUUUUAUAGUUGCACUUUCUACUUUGCUCAUUCAAGUUCUGCGUAAAUGAAUACAGCUGAUAUUUAUUUCUCACUAUAGCAUCUAUAAUGACUGUAAUUAUCACAUAAUUAAUUAUGACAUGUCAUGUUUGCAAUCUCAUUGCAACAUCUACAACAGGUGUAAUAAGCUUAAGCUUUAAAAAAUUCACCAAUCACAGUCAAGAAUGAGGGGAAUAAUCGACUGUGAUUGAUCAAUUUCUUAAAGCCCGUAUCAGAUUAUGGAUUAGGAUUGAGAUUAAAUUGAAAUAUAACCAAUCAGAAGCAAGAAACUGAAAGCGGGAAAAGUACAGAUCUCUAGUCGAUCAGCUGAUUACAGCUGAUGCAUGUAUAUGUCAAAUCUUUACUUGUUAAGAGAUGCACCGCUUAAAUGUAAUACCUCGUAUGUCGAAAUACAUUCUGUCAAAUAUCAAUUUUAUUCGUUUGACAUCAAAUGCUCGACAUAAUAUUCGUAUACAUAAAAAUAUAAAAUUUUGUGGACUCAAUAUGAUGAGAAGACAUCCUUUCUAUAAGUCACAAGAAGGAAAAUUCGAGAUAUUUCUCGCUGUAUCUUUACCAACAUUAAUAUUUAAUUAUCUUUUUGAUAUCGAAGAGGAUGAAGAAGUUCCAGAAGUUAUUAUGAUGAUCAAGCGAUCAGUAUUACUGAUACAGAAGGGAGAAUUUUCUAAAGCAGAAAAAAUGCUACAUUUAGCAUUACGCCAAGCACAAACUAUACAACAUUAUGAUGCUGUUACAUAUGUCUAUGAUGUAAUGGCUAAUCUUGCUUUUGACACUGGAGACUAUCGCAAAGCAGAGAAGCUAUUUGUAUCAGUUUUGCAAAGGCUAAUGUCAAAUGGAACUGCAGAAAAUGACAUGAGAGUCAUUCAUAUAAGCUUAAAAAUGGCUAAAGUAUUUGAACAUCUAAAAGAGAUAAAGAAAGCAGAGCAGGGCUAUAAAUUUUGUAUAGAAAACUUAAAAUCGCAUAUUGAAAAAGAUUCUGAAAAUGAGGACGCUGUAUUAUUACAGGGUAUGACCUUUGAUUGGUAUGCGCGAAUGUUAUUUUCACAAUCUCGACAUAGCGAAGUUAACUAUUUUCUUCAGGCUUAUGAUAUAUGUAAAAAGAUAAAUGGCGAAGAACAUGAACAGACUAUAGUUCUACUUAAUGAUUUGGGAACUGUUAGUUAUAUGCAAGGAGAAUAUGAUGAAGCAAUCAAAUACUUAUCUGCUGCAACAAAAAUAGGAAAAAAUUUACCUGAUAUGGUUGAUUUGGGUUCAAUCUAUAUAAAUUUAGGAAAUGUAUUUCUGAAAAAAGGUUUAUAUGAUGAAGCCAAAAAGUCUUGUCAACAAGGAAGAAAGAUAGCUAAGAAUAGGAAUGACAAUGAUUCCUUGUUAGAGGCUGAUGAAUGCCUCAAAGAAGUAAAACGAUUACUGUCGUUAUAAUUCUUAGAGUAUCUAGAAACACAAUAGUUUUGUUAAAACUAUAGAUAUUUGUGUAAAAUUUUGUAAAUAUAUUUAAA